CCGGGUGAGAGUGGCGUCUGCGCUAUGACCCAGUCUAUAGUAGUGCAAGUUGGACAGUGUGGCAAUCAGAUUGGCUGUAGGUUUUGGGACCUGGCUCUUCGAGAGCAUGCGUCUGUGAACAAGAAAGGGAUUUUUGAUGAAGCACUAUGCAGCUUUUUCAGAAAUGUUGAUACAAGAGCAGAAGCUGGUGGAGCAGACGCUCAGAGAGGCAAGAUAUGUUCCCUGAAAGCAAGAGCUGUCUUGAUUGAUAUGGAAGAAGGAGUAGUUAAUGAGAUUCUGCAGGGGCCUCUUAGGGACUUAUUUGACAGCAAGCAGCUCAUUACUGAUGUUUCAGGCUCAGGCAACAACUGGGCCGUUGGCCAUAAGUUGUAUGGGGGCCAAUAUCGUGAACAUAUAGUUGAGAAUCUGAGAAGAACAGCAGAACAGUGUGAUUGCCUUCAGUGCUUCUUUGUGAUACACUCUAUGGGAGGAGGGACAGGCUCUGGUUUAGGUACCUUUGUACUUAAUGUGCUAGAGGAAGAAUUCCCAGAGGUCUACAGGUUUGUCACUUCUGUAUAUCCUUCUGCAGAGGAUGAUGUAAUUACAUCUCCGUACAACAGUGUAUUGGCAAUGAAAGAACUUACUGAACAUGCAGAUUGUGUAUUGCCUAUAGAAAAUCAGGCCUUAGUUGACAUCGUGAACAAAAUUAAUCAGAUGGCAAACACUGGAAAACUUGGAAACGUGAAGUCAAACAGCCUGCUUACUUCCAACAAAGGGGGAAUCAAAGAGAAUGAGAAACCAUUUGAUGCCAUGAAUAACAUUGUAGCUAACCUUCUCCUUAACUUGACAAGUUCUGCCAGGUUUGAAGGUUCCCUGAACAUGGAUCUGAAUGAAAUUAGCAUGAAUCUUGUACCUUUUCCUCAGCUGCACUAUCUGACAUCAAGUCUUACUCCUCUCUAUACACUCGCUGAUGUGAAUGUUCCUACCCGGAGGCUGGACCAAAUGUUUUCAGAUGCUUUCAGUAAAGAUCACCAGUUAAUUCGUGCUGAUCCUAAACACAGCCUCUACCUUGCAUGUGCUCUAAUGGUGAGAGGAAAUGUACAGAUUUCUGACCUUCGCAGGAACAUUGAAAGGUUGAAACCUUCCCUGCAGUUUGUUUCUUGGAAUCAAGAGGGAUGGAAGACCGGCCUGUGUUCAGUUCCACCUGUUGGCCAUUCCCAUUCUCUGCUGGCACUAGCAAACAAUACUUGUGUAAAGCCUACAUUCAUAGAACUGAGGGACAGGUUCAGUAAGCUCUACAGGAAAAAGGCUCACCUGCAUCAUUACAUGCAAGUGGAUGGCAUGGAGCAACACUGCUUUACAGAAGCAAUUUCUUCUUUGUCCUCCCUCAUUGAAGAAUACAGUCAGCUUGAUGCAUCCAAAGGCAUACACGUGUCAUAUCCACCUCGGCUGAACAUUAUAUGACAAUAUCUGUUCAUUUUGGUGACAUCUUCUAGUGCAGCCUAAUAUAUACUUUUUAUCAUCAUUGAUCAAUUUGAUUACUUCAUUUACUUGGAACAUGAAAGAACAUUGUGUGCCUUUGGACUUACUUUGUAAUAUCUAUAAUACCAGGUAGUAGUGCCUGGUAUCUUUUUCUAUCCCAAACCAAGAGGAAAGUAUACAUAUUCAGCCUCAUUUGUAAAUUUUAAAUAUCAGGUAAAAUUAUGACCAAAGCCUGUUUAACUGAACAUUUUAUACCUAUUUAUUUCAGUUUGGUUUUUGUUAUUUAAUGGUACAGCAUACCCAUUACUUUCAGUUGUUUACUGCCAGUGCGCCCAUUUUAAUAAUCCUUCAGAACAUUAUGUAUGAAUGCUGUUCUUUAACCAAAAUGUUAGCCCUACCAUAAAUAUAAACUACAUUGAACAAACUGAAUCAUUGGAUUAACUGAAUAAUAAACUAUGCCAGAAAUGACUAUGGACAGGGAUUCAUUUGCACUGGUUUGAUGACCACCAGAUAUUUAUAUAUAUAAAUAGAGAAUGCUAAAGAAUGCUAAAGAGUAGGCACUCACGUAUAUCAAGGUUACAGUAUGCCUGGGUGCAGUAUAAUAGCAAACAGUAGCACAAUGUAGAAAAAAAUGCCGCACUUGCAGGUCUUAAUGAAAAAAUAAUAAAAUAUAUAUGUAUACUGAUCUAUAUACAUUUUAUUGAUAAUAAAAGCAAUAUUUUUCUAUUGAAA